AUGGCUCAUAACAGUCUAACCUAUGCGCCGCAUGGGUUAGAGCAGUCUAUCUUCUACGCAGCAUGGGUCAUUCACAUUGAUGGAGGUGAUGCCAGUUCAUUGUUUGAGGCCAUACCAGCCAGCAAACAAAAGAUGUGGGUCACAAAAACCAUCGGAGAUGAUCCUCAGCCUCAAAGUCUUGAUUGUGUGUUUGUCGAUAAACAUGUUGCUUCAAUUGCUUCAGUUGUCCCUCAUCCUGCCGUGGUUGAAUUGAACAAGAAAACCGCAAUCGUUCCCAUUGACAAAACAAACCAGGAGAUCCCAAAGCAAUGGUUCAAUAUUGACCUUGAUCAGCUUUAUAAGAGAAUCAACAACGAUGCUCAUCUGACAAAUGUAUUUGGUUGUUUAACGGCUAUGCAACCAACUGAAGACGUCACUGUCAAAAACUCAAGAAUUGCGAAUAAGAGAAAUCUUAACUUGCAAAAUAUCAUGGGCGAAACAGUUAGGAUCACCUUAUGGGGAGAAGCUGCAACCAGUUUUGAGGACAGCGGAAUGCAAUCACUUCUACCACCUAUAUUCAUUGCUUUAACAAGCCUCAAAGUUAAACAAUACCAAGGAAACCCUGUUCUUGGAAGCAUGGGAUCAACUGUUUGUGUUUUCAAUCCGGACAUUCCACAGCUCUCCCAAUACAAACAAAAGUUUGAGCAUCUAAGAUCACCUGUUCGAAUCCUGCCCAUCUCAGCCGAGAUGUAUGCAGACCAUACGGUCGAUCCUAAUUAUGAGUCCAAAACGAUUGAUGAGUUGCUUCUGCUUGAUCCUGUUUUACACAAGGAUCAGUUGCCCUCAAACCCAUCGAUUGCAUCAAUCGAUCCACAAAUGCCUGCUGCCAUCGUAGGAAAAGCAAUUAUGAGUGAAGCGACCCCCGUCCUAUUGACACCUUCCCAACGCCUGGACCAACAGCCCCAAUCAGUUACACCUGCCAAGACUUCAAAGAGGGUGUUGUUCCUUAAUGAAUCAGCCAAAUCUGACAGGUGUCUGGCCUGCAGGGCAUCCCAGCUUGGAACUCCUGGAAUUCCAGCAGCCUACUGUUUUGACGACAAAGGUAACUACACCACUGGCAGCACCUAUCAAACAAACCUCGAUAGCCUCCUCUCCACCUUAUUCGAUGCCAGCAACGGCCACGGCUUUUACAAUUCCUCCCUUGGCGAAAACAAGGACAGAGUUUAUGCAAUCGCUCUCUGUCGAGGAGAUAUUACAAAGGAAGCUUGCGGUACCUGCCUUUCAGACGCUGCAAACGGUCUCACGAUUAAGUGUACCAAUCAGAAGGAGGCAAUUGGAUGGUUACCCAAUUGUAUGUUACGCUACUCAAACCGCUCCAUAGAUCACAUGAAGGAAAUUUAUCCGACUUACUACGCUAUCAAUACAGGAAAGGUAUCCACAGGCUUGGAUGCGUUCAAUCAAGAGGUCUCUCGCUUAUUUAACGGAUUAGGAGGCAAAGCAGCAACGGGUGGUGAUCUUCGUAAGUUUGCAUCGGGAAAUGCAAACAUUCCAAGUUCUAAUAUAACAAUAUACGGUCUUGCUCAGUGCACCCCAGAUUUGUCCAACCAAAGUUGUAUUGAUUGCUUAGAGUAUGCUUCGGGAGGUCUGGGAUCAUGUUGUAAUGGAUCAAUUGGUGUGCGAAUUGUGACCCCAAGCUGUAGCUUAAGGUAUGAACCUAUCCCCUUUGUUGGAGAUACAAAUGAGACACCACCACCAUCCCCACCAUUAGCAACACCACCUGCCAAUACUGCGAUUCCAGGAGGAAAGAAGAGUAAUACUUCUCGGACUGUCAUCAUUACGGUUGUCACAGUUGUUUCCGUGGUACUAAUUGUAUCGAUCUGCGUUUAUCUGAGAGUGAAGAAGAUAAAGGCAAAACUUGGAGAUGAAAUUCUUAAUACAGAAGCCUUGCAGUUCGACCUUGCCUCCAUAAGAACGGCUACAAAUAACUUUUCUGAAGCCAAUAAGCUUGGACGAGGUGGAUUUGGUACAGUUUACAGGGGUAGGAUUUUGAACCAAGAAGAUAUAGCGGUUAAAAGGCUUUCUAGAGAUUCUGCACAAGGAGAUAUAGAAUUUAAAAAUGAGGUCAUGUUAGUAGCCAAACUUCAACACCGCAAUUUAGUAAGGCUUCUUGGUUUCUGCUUGGAAGGAAACGAAAGGGUUCUUAUCUAUGAGUUUGUCCCUAAUGCAAGCCUCGAUCAUUUCAUAUUUGAUCCAAUCAAGCGCAAACAUUUGGACUGGGACAGUCGCUACAAGAUCAUAUUAGGAAUUGGGCGAGGACUCCUUUACCUUCAUGAAGAUUCUCGUCUCAGAAUAAUUCAUCGUGAUAUGAAAGCAAGUAACAUUUUGUUAGAUGCAGAAAUGCAGCCCAAAAUUGCAGAUUUUGGCAUGGCAAGACUGUUUGAUCUUGAUCAAACACAAGGUGAUACCAGUCGAGUUGUAGGGACUUAUGGUUACAUGGCACCUGAGUAUGUAAUGCGCGGGCACUUUUCUGUUAAGUCGGAUGUGUAUAGCUUCGGUGUGUUAGUUUUGGAGAUAAUUACUGGACAGAAAAAUAGUUCUUUCCGUCACGGUGGGAACGUGGAGGACCUUCUAAGCUAUGCAUGGAAAAGUUGGAAGGAGGACACAGCUUCAAAUUUAAUAGAUCCCUUGUUGAAGAGUGGUUCAAUACCAGAAAUAAUGAGAUGCGUCCACAUAGGAUUAUUAUGUGUGCAACAAAAUAUAGCUGAUAGGCCAACCAUGGCUGCAGUUAUUCUCAUGCUUACUACCAACUCUGUUGAUCUUCCAGUACCCUCACAACCAGCAUUUUUUAUGGAUGGUGGCAUUGAAUCCUCCUCUGACACGCCUUUGGGAUGGAAGGAUAAUUCUGGUGUGACAAGGUUAGGUCUGUCUAAAAGUAGCUCCGUGAAAUAUCUGCUGCAUGGAUAGCUUCGAUUCCAAGUCACAACCUCACUG